AUGUUUUCAUCUAAAUCUGUACAUCUGUGCAAACCAAUCUAUCUAUCUAUCUAUCUAUCUAUCUAUCUAUCUAUCUAUCUAUCUAUCUAUCGAUCGAUCGAUCGAUCUCAUUCAAUCCAUAUCUAUCUAUCUAUCUAUCUAUCUAUCUAUCUAUCUAUCGCAUUCACUACAAUAUCUAUCUCAUUUAGUAUAUCUAUCUAUCUAUCUAUCUAUCAAUCUAUCGAUCGAUCGAUCUCAUUCAAUCCAUAUCUAUCUAUCUAUCUAUCUAUCUAUCUAUCUAUCUAUCUAUCUAUCGCAUUCAGUACAGAUCUAUCUAUCUAUCUAUCUAUCUAUCUAUCUAUCUAUCUAUCUAUCUAUCUAUCUAUAGAUCGAAUGAUCUCAUUCAAUCCAUAUCUAUCUAUCUCUCUAUAUAUCUGUCUAUCGCAUUCAGUACAGAUCUAUCUAUCUAUCUAUCUAUCUAUCUAUCUAAUUCAGUACAUAUCUAUCUAUCUAUCUAUUUUAUUCAAUACAUAUCUACCCAUCUAUCUAUGCUUCUCUAUUUUUCUCUCAGCCUUCAAUAUGGAUUCUUUGUAG